AGAAAGAGGGAAUGCUGUCCAGGAAAUUCUUUGGGGCUGGGCAGGGACUUGGCUUCAAGUUUGUAACUGGAAAAUGUGAGACAGACAGAGAACGCUGUGAGCUCAGGCCUGUCGGAUGAGUACGGGGGGAGAAAACAUAGAAUUUCUCCUGGCUCCUUUAUUUUGCUGGGUCCCUUGUCACUCUGGAUGCUAAAAGAUGCCUCAGGAACAGUACGCUCACAGAAGCACGCUCUCCAGCAAUGAGGGGCCGCACGUGUACAAGGUGGGAAUAUACGGCUGGAGGAAGAGGUGCCUGUAUUUUUUUGUGCUGCUCCUUAUGAUUCUUAUCCUGGUGAACCUAGCCAUGACCAUCUGGAUCCUCAAAGUCAUGAACUUUACUAUUGAUGGAAUGGGUAACCUAAGGAUCACAGAAAAAGGUUUACGGCUAGAGGGUGAUUCUGAAUUUUUGAAACCUUUGUAUGCCAAAGAAAUCCGCUCCAGGCCGGGUAACUCUCUGUAUGUCCAAUCAGAUCGAAAUGUGACUGUAAAUAUUCUUAAUGGGGACAUGAAAGCUGUCACGCAGCUCGUCACAGGAUCAGAGGCUAUAGAAGCCUACGGGAAACGAUUGGAAGUGAAGUCCAAUACUGGGAAACUACUGUUUUCUGCCGAUAAUGAUGAAGUGGUUGUUGGCGCUGAUAGAUUGCGGGUACUAGGUGCUGAGGGUGCUGUAUUCCCUAAAUCUAUUGAAACGCCAUAUGUCAAGGCUGAACCCUUCCAUCCUUUGAGAUUGGAAUCUCCAACAAGGACCUUGAUAAUGGAGGCACCCAAAGGCGUUGAGAUCAAUGCUGAGGCUGGAAGUUUGGAAGCUUCAUGUAGAACAGAUUUACGUCUCGAGUCAAAAGAUGGAGAGAUCCUUCUGCAAGCACCGAACGUAAAGCUUCCCCAGCUACCACGUGGUUCCUACUCCUCCUCUGGUUCUCGUCAAAAGGUGUAUGAGCUCUGUGUGUGUCCUAACGGGAGACUGUUCCUUUCACAAGCAGGAAGUGGAUCUACCUGCCAAAUAAACACCAGUGUGUGUCUAUAAGAGACUGGAGACAGUGCUCCAAGAAACAGGAGCACUACCAUUACCAGACACGGGAAGCCUCAGAACAUAUAUGUGCGUGUGCGUGUGUGAAUAUAUAUAUAUAUACACUUAUAUAUAUCUGUAAAUCUAUUCAUCUCCUGAACAAGAGAUGUUUCAAGGCCAGAAUCUCAGGGUGAUCCUCAUGUGUCUUCCCAAAUUCUAACUGAAUCGAUUGAUGCUCUCCCCAGUUCUUUACUCAAGAUGUUCUCUUACUCAGAGAACAUAGCACUAAUGAAACCUUAAUAUUCAAGUUUUUACUGUAUUUUAGAUCCAAAGGAUAUUUUACAAUCUAUUAAUUACUGUGUUUGAUACACUCUUUACAUUACCAGCAUCAUAAAACAAGUAGGCUAUAUCAUACCAGACAGCCAUUCUUUUCCUUUGGGACUGUUUACAAUAUCAAGAAUGGGAAGGGACUGGGAUCAGGAAGUGAAAGAGAAUAUAAACAGCAGUAGGCAUGGCUUGGGGGAGUGGUAACAAUCAUCUGAUUAGUUUAAUUCAUGGUGGCAAUUUGGCUUUAUGCAAUGUGACAUGCUCAUGGCACUCAAGCUUUCAAAGAAUAUUCUUUGCAUAUGAUAGACGAAAAAUAAACAUCUUAUACGCUGUAUAUUCCCAUUAAUUAUUGCAAAUUUUGCACCAAUCAGUAGCUUUGAUCUGUUUAGUGCAGUUAAAAUAUUGUGAGCAAAUGACAUACUGGUUGGUGUGUGGUCAAUGCACUGCAGAAAAUUUUCACCAAGUAACUAUAUGAGCACAUAUGUUUUAAGGCUUUGUUUUGACUAAAGGAUUCCCAUUAAUGAUACAUGGGUCAGCCUAAACUGCAGGACCCAUGUGGUCGGGCAAGUUCCAACCGACCAAAUGCCACCCCAGUGAGUUGGGGCCUGACUCUCAGCCAGGCCAGCACGGCUGAAACUAGGGGUAGGCAUGCCUAGAGCAACGGUAGGGUUGGUGGCUAACCUACCCCUAGUUCCAGGCAUUAUGUAAAUCAGUGCAGUCAGCAAGCAAAUGGUGGGAUUUGUUGCAAGUUGCCUUGCAUGGGCUUGGGUUGUGACAUUAUUGUAGUUGAGUAAGUGACAAGGCUGGACAAGUAUACAAAUCAGUGGUGGGUGGGGCUGGGUUAGUAUUAGGGCAGGUUAGAGUUGGGCCAGGUAGAAAAUUUGUCAACCUGUGCAUCACUAAUUCCCUUUGCCAUAGUCCUUCAAUGACCUUCUACUAUAGUAUUAAUAUCACUAGCGAGGUAUUUCCUCACUUUCAAAAACAGAAACAUCCAUCCCUUUCUUGACUUUGCUUGUACAGCUGCUUCUUUGAAAAGCAUUUAUAUAAUGAAUAAUGAUUAUUUUUUCACUUCCUAUUCAUUCUAUAAAUUCCACCUUAUAUGCUUCCUCAUCCAGCUCCAUAAUGCAUAAGAUCACCCUCAGCAGGUAGUCUGUUGGGGCUCUGGGCUGAAACAUCUCUGUUGAUAAAGGAGAAAUGUGCCUAUGCCUUAAGACAAUGCACUCUGCAAGGAAAAGCACAGUGGGGAAGUGUCCGAUUUUACUGUUUGCUGUUUAUUUUGUUUUGGUUGGACUUUAUUUUUUUUCUCGGGUUAAUUUUAGAGGGUGGGGUGUGUGAAGGUGAAUGCGGCAUUGAAUGAUGUGCGAGUGGAACUGAUAUGAUUUCUUCUCAAGUGGCAAAAAUGUUUUCAUAUAUUCUAUCACGUUUUAAAGGGUUUUGGUUGAAUAUGCUGCUACAAUAUUUCUACCAUGGGGGGCAGGGCAUUUGGGCAUCAGUUUCUUGUGGUGUCACAGUAUAUUGCAUAGCAAAAACAACCCAGACUGCAGUCUAUGGGAUGAGUAGCCAUGUAUUACCUCUGGGUUAAGUCUGUUAUACAUAUUGCCAAGGAUUUGCCAGGUUGUCAACUUAUUAAUUUCUCCUGGCCACAUUCUACAUGGCUGAUUGAAGUUAGUUUUCGAUGCUUGCUUGGCUGAUUAGAAACCAAUGCAGUCUGCAGUUGGCCCUGUUAUGAUUCCAAACCAGUCAUGCAGCCUUUAGAUUUCAUAUUGCCUAUUAUUAUGAGGGCAAAGUUCAACGAGUAGGGCCAGAAGUUGCUGUCACAAUGAAUAUUAGACGUGAGCAGAGGAGCGCCAGGAGAUGCUUCCUGCAUUAGUAAAUUAAGCUUCUUUAGUUCAGCUAGCCCAAAUCUGGAUUAAACUGCAGGGGGUUCUUUGAUCAUUUAAUAUCAUUAAUGUUUGACUUAUGAAAAUGAAGGGAUUAAAAUUAUUGCCAAUUGCAAAAGUGCACAGAAGAGCAAUUUUAUGGUCUUCUUUGCAUGUUAAACAAGGUGGGUAAAGAUAAUGGAAUAGUGAUAUUGUGUUGUGUUCAAUUUAGACUUAAAUAAUGAUCUUUCAUAGAUUCAUCCUUGAAGUAAAUAACUUCCACAGACUAUGUUGAUUAAUAAUUAAUGGGCCAAUUAAUGACUUUGCCUCUGCCUCACCUUCAUCUCAUCUCCAUUUUGACAACACCAUGACCAAGUUUUGCCCACUACCAAGCUUAUAAUCUUACGCUUACACUAACUAUGCUGCAUUGCAAAACCUAAGCACCAAACCUUGGAGAUUUAUACAUUAAUAAAAUGUUAAUAAAAUAUUAAA